UUCGAGACUCCUUCGCCAUCCACUUUUUAAGACGGCGUCCUUGCCUCCACUGUCAGUUUAUCUAAUCUACAUCUAUUUUCUGUAUAUUAUUAUUCUGUGAUCGUCAAUUUACUCACACCUUCUCUAUUUCCAGCGAUUUGAACCUCGUUCGAUCUAUCCAGGACCCGAUUCUCCUCGACCUACGUUCAUCGAUCUUUUCGUCUCCUGCGUGCACAUUGCGACUCCAUUAGUGGAGGAGUUUUGCUCAAUCACUUCUUACACAUUCGCGUCAUACAUUCGCCAUGGAUCAUUCGAGAGAUCCCUGCCCCUGGGUCGCCCUGAGCGAUUUCGGCGGUGCUUUCUGCAUGGGUGCGAUCGGUGGUGCCGUCUGGCACGGUGUCAAGGGAUUCAGAAACAGCCCCUACGGAGAGCGACGGAUAGGUGCCAUCACUGCCAUCAAGGCACGAGCACCGGUUCUCGGCGGUAACUUUGGUGUUUGGGGUGGUCUGUUCUCGACAUACGAUUGCGCGAUCAAGGGCAUCCGAAAGAAGGAGGACCCCUACAAUGCCAUCAUCGCUGGUUUCUUCACUGGUGGUUCGUUGGCUGUUCGUGGUGGUGUCAAGGCUGCGCGGAACUCGGCCAUUAUGUGCGCUGUCUUCCUGGCUGUCAUUGAGGGUGUCGGUAUUGGUUUCCAGCGGAUGAUGGCGGACAACACAAAGCUGGAGCUUCCUCCUCCGCCCCCGUCCGAGCAAAAGGCCCUUGCCUAAAAAACUCGCUCCCAUCACACCAAUCUCAACGGGAGCUAUCGUCUUCCUUUCUCACCAAUUCCCCGUUCGCAUCGUAUAUUAUUAUAUCUCUCUUCUCAGGUGUUGGUCUGGGUCAUGUCGUUUUCCAGGGCCAUCGUUUAGAAUGCUUGCUUCUAUUCUAUCCCUGCUCUUAAUUGUUCUUAAGCACUGGGUUUUGUCGGCGGUUGGAUUGCACAGCCUUGCAUCCGUGUGUUUUGUUAUAUUACCUGGGUGCUAAAAAAAAAAGAGGAGUUCCCUGGCAGGUGGAUUUCAGAGUCGACCGGGGAUGAAACUAUGUACAUUAACAAGGAGAGAAUCAGUUCUAAUGUGACAUUGUGUACACG